AUGGCUGAUCACCCUUACCGCUCUAAUAAUUUCUAUUCAUCAUCAUCACCAAGUUUCUUCCAAUUCAACAAUAUUUCUCCAUCUUCAAACCCUUCUCCAUACAACCACCAUCACCCUUUUCUUCAUCACCGCAGCAACAACCAGUACCAUCAUAUUUCUACUUCUUUACCACAUGUUGCUCCGCUUCGGCAAGAGCUACCUCUUUUAAGCCUAAUCCCAGAAAAACAAGAACAUGAAGAAGAUCUCCAAUACCUUCCUUGUACUGCCAUGGAUUUAGAAGAAAGGAAUGAAGAUGGUAGUACAACUCCUACUACCGUUGCACUUCACAUGGGUUUGCCAAACCCCAGUCCUGCUGAAAUGGCUUUUCUACUUUCUUCAUCAAAUAAUUCCUCAGAAAUCACUGUCACUGAUAAAGAACAAGGUGAUGAUUCUUCUUCAAGGUUCAUGAUGCUUCAUAAUAACAGUCUUAACAAAGGACAGUAUUGGAUCCCUACUCCAUCUCAGAUUCUCAAUGGUCCAACACAGUUUGCUUGCCCGGUUUGCUCCAAAACAUUCAACAGAUAUAACAACAUGCAGAUGCAUAUGUGGGGGCAUGGAUCACAAUACAAAAAAGGUCUUGAAUCUCUAAAAGGUACACAGCCAACAGGAAUGUUAAGGCUACCUUGUUACUGUUGUGUACCAGGGUGCAUAAACAACAUUGAUCAUCCAAGAGCAAAUCCAUUGAAAGAUUUUAGAACACUUCAAACACAUUACAAGAGAAAACAUGGAAUUAAGCCUUUUAUGUGCACAAAAUGUAGCAAAUCUUUUGCUGUUAGAGGAGAUUGGAGAACUCAUGAAAAGAAUUGUGGGAAGCUGUGGUGCUGUAUUUGUGGUUCAAAUUUCAAACAUAAGAGGUCUCUUAAAGAUCAUAUCAAUGCUUAUGGAAAUGGUCAUGCUAUUUAUGGAUAAUAUGUUUGUUUUGGGAAAUGCAAUGACGAAGUUUAAUGGGCAGAAUUAUGUUGA